AUGGUACCGUCGUUGCAUGCACCACCAAGGCUGGUGGCAUCGUCUGAUGACAAUCUCAUUCCAAAUCUAGAAGCAGUCUUGUUCACACAGCAGGAUAAGUUGCUAGCCUCAUGGCUCCUUUCCACGGUUCAUGCCUCUUUGCUUUCUUAUUUCAUUUCUACUAAGUCUGCUUUUGAUUUUUGGAGUACUGCGAGUCAUCUAUUUGCAGCUACUUCCAGUGAAAAAGUUUCUCAGAUCCAGCAUGAUCUUUAUGCAACAAAAAAGGGUGGUUCAACCGUUAAAGAAUAUGUUUUGAAGAUUCAAACUCUCUGCGCGCUUCUUGAGGCGUCGGAAUCUGACGUUCUAGAAGCUGAGAAAGUGGAGGUGCUCUUUGCUGGACUUCCACCUGAGUUUGACUCAGUAUUCAUGCUGGUCCCGUUUUCGUCAAAGUCGUUAAAGUUUCAAAAGCUUGUUGAUAUUCUGAUGGGGUUCGAAAUUCGGCUGAUGAGGGCGGUGCAUGGGGUCCCAAUGGUUGCGCAUGUCGUUGAAGCACCUAGUGCUGUUGUGGUGGUUAACUCCGACUUGCUAGGUGUGUACGGUAGGAGUUUCGAUAGAGAUUACGACUCUCCUGUGAAUGAUGCUCCGGUGAUCGGUGGUGAUGGCUAUAGCCGUCCUCGUAGGUGCGCUCCAGAGCAGCAAGCUGAAGAUAGAUUAUAG